UCUCGACCCGACAGCACGCCGCGCCGCUCGCCCUUGCAGGGAGAGCAUGCUUCACGAGUUUCACAAAUAAUUCACGAGUUUCACAAACUGUAUAAUGAAAGGGAAGAAAACAGUGAAGAUGCCGGAGGAAAUAGAGCCCGUGUCGAGGAUCGUGUACCGCGAAGUCACGCCGGAACUGUCCCAGCACAUGUUAACGGAUUUGGACAAGCUGCCAGCGGUGCAGCUUGGUGACUUCCUACUGCAGAUAGAACUAGACGAACCGAGCGAAUUCUUCAAGGAAAUCGCGCGCAAUGAGCUGCGGGAGGCAUCAGAAGUCACCGAGCCCGCUAUUGCCGAGCUCAGGAGACUGCUAGAAGCGGACAAAGACUUGUACGUUCCAUUGGAAAGUGACGCUUGGCUGGUCAGAUUUCUGCGGCCGUGCAAGUUCUACCCUGAAAGUGCAUAUGAGCUGAUCAAACGUUACUACGCGUUUAAGGUGAAGCACGCGAAGCACUACGAUGGUCUCAUGCCGAGCAAAGAACAGAAUAUAUUCAACCAGGACAUCCUGGUGGUGCUACCCACGCGAGACCAGCUCGGAAGGCGGAUUCUCGUCGUCGAGUUGGGCAAACGCUGGAAGCCAAGUAAAUGCACACUGGACGAGGCUUUCAAAGGCUGCGUCCUGUUUCUGGAAGCCGCCAUGAUGGAGCCAGUGUCACAGAUCUGCGGGUCACAGGUCAUCAUGGACAUGGAGGGGCUGUCCAUGCAGCAGGUCUGGCAGUUCACCCCGCAGUUCGCCAAGCGGCUACUAGACUGGCUCCAGGAAAGUAUACCACUGCGAGUAAAAGGCGUGUACGUAGUGAACCAGCCGUACAUCUUCAACAUGGUGUACCAGCUGUUCAAGCCGUUCCUGAAGGAGAAGCUGCGCUCGCGGCUGCUGUUCGUCGGCAAGGACUGGGAGCUGCUGCACAAGCAUGUCAGCCCCAAGUGCCUGCCCGAGGCGUAUGGCGGAACCCUCAGCAUCCCCAAGGUUACUGGCCCACAGUGGCUGGAGCUGCUCAUGAUGUGUGAUAAGGAAUUUAGUGCCAUCGCGUCGUACGGGUAUGUGAAAAAGUAGUUGCUGAACGCCUGGUAGCGCGCAUGCGUGUAGUGAUUAUUGGUUAAAACUUUGAAACCAUUGAGACACUUAUAUCGUUAUACUAUUAAGCUGUGAAACGUUAGUAUGGCCGUUAGUAGGCCAUGCUGUGUGAUGAUCAAAGUGUUGUAAAAAUAAAAUUAUACAGUAAAUAUUGUAAAUUAAUCAAGACAUCACAGAUGUCCGGAAGUUCGUAGGAGGGGUCGUUUGUUCCGAAUUAUAUCUAUAGUAGUAGAAUAAAGUGCUUGAAUAAGUACAAAAAAUAAUUUAUAAGUUGCUUAAUUAGAUGUGAUUCAUUAAAAUUUGUUUGCACUCAUAUUUUAUGUGUGAAAUUGCUAGGUUUUUGUUUUUACUUUUUUCUUGUUUUUACUUCAUCAUUAGCAAUUUUGAAUAUACGUUGCAUUCAUGUUUUUUUUUAAAUCUCUUUUGUUACAUUUUACUAUUUAGAAAUCAAUUUUAUUAGAAUUUUUUUUUUAUUUUCAUGUGAAAUAUAUUUAAAAUGACACGGCAAUUUCGUACAUAAAGUAGUAAAACUGUAUAUAACUAAAGGAUGAAGUGCCCCUGGGCCUGCCUUGCCGCUAUGCAUUCCUAGUUAUGGUUCUCUAGAACUAGUGCCAAUAAGACUGAUUAAUUACUAUAUCUGUUUUUCCAUUUCAAUUUCUUAUUGGUACUAACUUUCUUACCAUAAUUAACUAUAUCUACCUGUUUAUUCUUAUUAUAAGCCUACUAUUUGUGAUUUUAUUGAUAUGUAAGUAUUUUUAUAUCGCGACAUUCACAGUAAUGUUAGUGUUGAAAUAUAUUUAGAGUAGAUCCCGUGGUAAUGUCACUCAUUUAUUCUGAUGUAGAUGCAAAUGAUAUUAUUAUUUUGGGUUGUCGAUAUAAAACUGUGUAUUUACUUUAUCACUCAUUUUAAACAAAUAAAGCAACACUGUGAUAAGUUAAUAUUUUAUGAGCCAAUUAGGACUUUUAAUUGUUUAAAGUGGUACUUUCAUAUAAAUCCAAGACAGAGUAUAUUCUGUAAUUAUUUUAGCAAAAUGUUAUUUAUGUAUUUAUGGAAUGUAGAGAUAUUUUUAUAAAUAUAACUUUAAUAGGAAUGUAUUUUUGGAAUUCGAGUUCGGAAGAGAGACCAAAUGUUUAAUAGGGAGAAUAAUUGUUAUUGUUUAUUUAGAGUUAUUUAAAAUAAUAAAACAAAGGUGCAUCCAUU